AUGAAUCCCUCCGCUCCCCUGAGCCCGCCUACUCAGAACGCAGAGCCCAAUCCCACCACGGGGAUCACGGACUUCCUGUUCCUUUCGCUCUUAAGCCCCGCCCUAGUACCGCCUCCUUGGGAAAAGAACUCCCUUGCCGAGGGACUAUUUUCCCAUCGUUGUCCCAGAGCCGAUUUUGGAAAGCGGAAGGAGACAGUAUAA